UCUGCUGUUUACUUUACAAAUAUGCAUGCUCAGAAAUGGUAGCUAAUGGAUUUUACUUAAUAUUUCAGCGUCAGUGUUAGCCACCGCUAACCCGCUAACAAACGUUAGCUUCAUCAUCGGGAGGGGGAGGCACUGAAACGACGGCCAUCACGGAGUUUUAAUGCUAGAUGAGUGAGGUGGGUGUGGCUUCCCACCAGCCCGACCAUCCUGACUGACGGAUCUCUGGAUGACCUUGUCCCAACCCCUGUCCCUGCGCUCACAUACACCACAGCAAUGUCACAUCUGCCCAGCAGCUCAGUCCGCGACCAUAUGAAAUGGGCGGGGCUGCUUGGCUGCGAAGCUGUCCUCUCCAGCAUGGCUUUGAUGCAGGCCAGCUCCAUGGCUGCUCCACCCAAAAAAAUGAUGGCUCCACUUGGCCAUGGACCACCGCAGAGAGACGGACCUGAUCGUGCUCCCCAGAGUCACAUGAUCCUCCCGUCUGGAAUGAGCUGUCCGCCCCUGCUUAUCCGGAAGGAAGGUGAAUACCAAGCUCCCCGCCUGCUGGACGAGAAGGAGAUGAGAGCCAAUGAGGACAUGCAGCAGAAAAAAAAGAACAGGAAAUCAGUAACGCCCUGUAAAGUGAGAGAACAAGAGGGAAGGGGAGGGAAGGGCACUGGAGGAGAUGAAAAUGGCCCAUCAUCCAAAGUGCAGAAAAACUUUAUUUGUGAUCACUGUUAUGGAGCAUUUAGGAGUGGAUACCACCUGAAGAGACAUAUCCUCAUUCAUACAGGGGAGAAGCCGUAUGCUUGUGCCGUAUGUGACAUGAGGUUUAUUCAGCGUUACCACCUGGAGAGACACAGCCUCAUUCACACGGGAGUGAAGCCGUACGCUUGUUCCAUGUGUGACAUGAGGUUUUUCCAGCGUUACCACUUGGAGAGACACAGACUCACUCAUACGGGGGUGAAGCCGUACGCUUGCUCCAUGUGUGACAUGAGGUUCUUCCAACGUUACCAUCUGGCAAGACACAGCCUCACUCAUACUGGGGUGAAGCCAUACGCUUGCUCCAUGUGUGACAUGAGGUUUUUCCAACGCUACCACUUGGCAAGACACAGCCUCACUCACACGGGGGUGAAGCCAUAUGCUUGCUCCAUGUGUGACAUGAGAUUUUUCCAACGCUACCACCUGGCAAGACACACUCUCACUCAUACGGGGGUGAAGCCAUACGCUUGCUCCAUGUGUGACAUGAGGUUCUUCCAGCGUUACCAUUUGGCAAGACACAGCCUCACUCAUACUGGAGUGAAGCCAUAUGCUUGUACCAUGUGUGACAUGAGGUUCAUACAGCGUUACCAACUGGAGAGACACAGUCUUACUCAUACAGGGGUGAAGCCGUACGCUUGCACCAUGUGUGACAAGAGGUUUUUUCAGCGCUACCACCUGGCGAGACACAGCCUCACUCAUAUGGGUGUGAAACCUUAUGCUUGCACCAUGUGUGACAUGAAGUUUUUUCAGCGUUACCACCUGGCGAGACACAGCCUCACUCAUACGGGUGUGAAACCUUAUGCUUGCACCAUGUGUGACAAGAGGUUUUUUCAGCGCUACCACCUGGCGAGACACAGCCUCACUCAUAUGGGUGUGAAACCUUUUGCUUGCACCAUGUGUGACAUGAGGUUUGUUCAGCGUUACCACCUGGCGAGACACAGCCUCACUCAUACGGGUGUGAAACCUUAUGCUUGCACCAUGUGUGACAAGAGGUUUUUUCAGCGCUACCACCUGGCGAGACACAGCCUCACUCAUAUGGGUGUGAAACCUUUUGCUUGCACCAUGUGUGACAUGAGGUUUGUUCAGCGUUACCACCUGGCGAGACACAGCCUCACUCAUACGGGGGUGAAGCCGUAUGCUUGUUCCAUGUGUGACAUGAGGUUUAUUCAGCGUAACCACCUGGAGAGACACAGCCUCACUCAUACGGGAGAGAAGCCAUUUGCUUGUGACAUGUGUGAUAUGAGGUUUAUCCAACGCUACCACCUUGAGAGACACAAGCGUGUCCAUAGUGGGGAGAAGCCUUACCAGUGUGAACGUUGCCAGCAGAACUUUUCACGGACAGACCGGCUGUUGCGGCAUCGGAGGCUGUGCCAGGGUCGCGGCGUAGCCAAAGUAGAGAACCAGCCAUGCUGCGACCCACGCCCAUACCCCCAAGAACCCCCUCCCGCACCCCCAACCUGGAGUCCCCUGCAUCCCCCUCCGGGCCGGCUGGCGGUCUGACAUUCCACCUUCUUCUACAGCCACAACACCGCCAGAGUCGGAACAAGCAACAGGGUUUCUUCUUCUCAGCUCUGGACAGAGUGACAU